AUGGACUCUGAGUGGCUAUAUGGAAUGUGGAAUAGCGUGGAAGAGAGUGGAAAGUGGUUGAAGGGUCAACACUUCCCUAAGAAGUUCCCUGAGAACAGGGAUAUCCUCAUUGGCUGCAUCUUCAUUAGCUACGCAAAGGAGAAAAAUGUGAUCCUCUUCACUUAUCCUACUCCGGUAUCUUUCAACACUACAGGGUUGAUUGUGUCCUCAAAGCUUCCGAGGUUUUCAGACAUGUACACUCCUACGAUAGCGAAUGCGAAUCCAAAAUCUAUUUCAGCCAACAAACCUGUGCAACUUGUCAAGAGCGCCACAAAAUGGUUUACCAAGGACGGGAUACUCGUGGAGGGUUUAUUUUGGAAGGAUGUGGAGAGAUUGUUGGAUGAUUACAAUGGAGAGAGGAAGAACAAGUGAGUUCAUCCCUAGGAACUAGGCAUCGAAACAAUAAACCAAAAAAACUGGGGGUAUUAUUGUUUCCCAUUCUUGGACCUGAUUUAGAACAAAUGUUUUGAUUUUGUGAACCCAUUGUAACAAUCCUCUAAAUUUAAGAUUUGGUGAAUAGAAAAUGUAG